AUGAUCAUGUGCAGUAGAGGCCACUGGAGGCCAGCUGAGGAUGAGAAGCUACGUGAAUUAGUGGAAAGAUACGGACCGCAUAACUGGAAUUCCAUAGCCGAGAAGCUAGACGGUAGAUCAGGAAAAAGUUGUAGGUUGAGAUGGUUCAAUCAACUCAACCCGAGAAUUAACCGGAGCCCGUUUACCGAUGUGGAGGAAGAACGGCUAAUGGCCUGCCACCGGAUUCACGGAAACCGGUGGUCCAUAAUCGCACGGCUUUUCCCGGGAAGAACUGAUAACGCCGUCAAGAACCACUGGCACGUGAUCAUGGCAAGAAAAUGCCGGGAAAAAUCGAAAACGUGCACGAAAAUGGCUUUUUGUGAUCAUGAUUGUGGGCUCGUGAGAAGUAGUAGCAAAAACCGGCAACAAUAUUAUUCUUCGUCAUCUUCUUCUUCGAAGAAAAUGUAUGAUGGGUUAAUGGUUGGGGUAAAUUUGAGCUUUAGACCUAAUUUUGUGGAGAAAAAUGAUAUUUCUCGGGGAUCAUUAUUCGAUCCAACGAAUAAAAAAUCCGGUAACUGCACUGCAGACACUGAGAGAAAUAGCAAAGGCGUGGAAUUUUAUGACUUUCUCCAAGUGAAUGCAGACUCCAACAGAAGUGAAGUUAUAGACAAUAAUAAUAAUAAUGGUGCAAAUAAAGAUUUAUAUUCAGAGGAAGGAGAAGAAGAAGAAGAAGAAGUGAAUCAAAGGAACUGUAAGGAGGCUCAGGCAUUUAUAGAUUUUCUAUCAAUUGGAGCCACUAAUUCUUAG